AGUAUAUUAGGAAUUAAAAAGACAAGAACGUCCGCUUUACAUCCGCAAUCUGAUGGACAGGUAGAACGCCAACAUCAGACAAUUUUGAAUUAUUUAACGAAAUUUAUUGCGGAGAAUCAGAAGGAUUGGGAUCGCUGGAUUCCUAUGUAUUUAUUAGCAUACAGGUCCUCGAAACAUGAAACCACUGGUUUGACUCCAGCGGAGCUUUAUUUUGCUCGGGAUCUUAGGCUUCCAAUUGACUUGUUGCGAGAAAGUCCUCCUCAUCAGAAUCAAACAGAAGAAGACUAUUUAAGAAAAAUAAGAGGAAAAUUAGAAAAAAUUCAUGAAAACGUUAGAAGACGUGUAGAGAUUAGAUCUUCCCGAACUAAAACCUGGUACGAUCAAAAGGCCAGGCAAAUCCAUUUUGAUGAAGGUCAAAAAGUGUGGUUCUAUAAUCCUCGAAGAACAAAAGGAAAAGCCCCAAAAUUACAGA